AUGGCUGGUCUGUUUUACACCCUUCUGGCCGUGCUGGCUGUGUUCUCCCCUGGGCUGUGCGAGAAGACAUUUUUGCAGAGUGCCGGUGUGGCGUUUAAAGACAGACCUCACACCUCGGAGCUGACGGUGUCCUAUGGAGGGCAAUGGGGAAACUGGACCUGGCCAGAGAUGUGUCCUGACAACUUCUUUGCUGUUGGCUUCAGUGUUAGGGUGGAGCAUUCCCAGGGGCCCGACCUGGAUGACACUGCCUUGAAUGGAAUCCGCCUCUUCUGCUCCAAAGAUGACAGCAGAGACUUCAUGUACACUGUCGAGUCUCACACCGGAUACUACGGUGACUGGUCCGAGCCUCAGUACUGCCCCACCGGAGUGCUCACCUCCUUCCAGCUUCGUGUGGAGCCCUAUCAGGGCCCGUCUGCGGACGACACGGCCGCCAACAACAUCAAGUUCCUCUGCAGCACUGACCCGAUCCUGGAGGGUAAUGGCACUGAGUGGGGCGAGUACGGCGACUGGAGCCAGGGGUGUGGCAAAGAUGGGAUUUGCGGCAUCGACACCAAGAUGGAGGAGUACGACCCCAACGGGGACAACACCAGCCUCAAUGAUGUCCGCUUCUACUGCUGUGCCAAGUCUGAGCAGGUGAGACGGAGGGGUGCAGAGAUAGGAAGCGAAGCCCAGACAGAGACAGCUGAGUGCUUAGUCCACACUAAACAGGUCUGA